GGCCGGGACCAUCCAAAUCGAAGCUGCCGCCAACAGCAAGCAAGAGAUCGCUCACAUUGGAUGUCUCAUUCAACCUCAUUCAAUUCACAGAAAAUCCUGGAAAACAGACAAGAGCUUUAAAACACGGUGCGAAAGAAUCCGUCUUGACAUUUCAUCUUCAACCAUGGCAACUCAGGUUCUAAUGAAGGUCGAUACCAAUGGUGUAGUCAGCACAACAUCGAAACUACAGGCGUCGCCGCGAGAUACAAAACCAACAAACGCCGCAACUAAAGUGCAUACAAUGAAGAAACAAGCUGUUCGGAACCAAGAUGACGGAGCCACAGAUCAGGCUCAUGCGGCCAUGACUCCCAGCAAUUCGAAACGGAUGCGUGCUCGGCAAAGUCGUAUCCCUGCCGAAGACUUCAAGGCCAUCCUCCAGGCCAACGGUCUCUUUUACAGCGCAUUUUCUUCCUUGGAUAUGGCAGCCAUGGAGAACGUCUGGUUGAAAGACAAACGGUGCGUUUGCCAAUUCCCCGAAAUGAAAAAGCUGGGUGGAUACGACAAGAUCAUGAGGAGCUGGAAGCAUGCCGUCAACCAAAUGGAUGGUGCCAUGCGUCGAAACUGGAUGGAGCCACGAGAGAUUCAAGUCGAAUUUCAGAGCACAGAUAAGGCUGUGCUGUUUUGCCAAGAGCUGGUCUACUCGAUUUCGUGUUCAGUGGUGGAUGGUGAGCUGCGUCCCGAGAGUCAGCUGAUCCAGCGGUUGUCUGCUACCAAUGCGUUUAAACGAAUCAAUGGUAGGUGGCACAUUUGGUACCACCAAGCCACGUCCAUGGGCGACAGCACGGUGAAGCUGAAGCGUCCAGCCAAUCAAAAAGACUUGACAGAAUCGCUUGGACGAGGUGCUUCGUUGCAGCAAUCCGCUGUUGCGAGUGAACUCACGACCAAUUCGUUUGAGGACAAGUAUGGCGCCAUUGUCAAGACACAUACGUCCGACACGUGCCAAAAAGAGAGCAAUUGUGAACGUCUGUUGAAGACGCUCCGUUUACCAGGAGAAGAAUAAAAGCAGCCACGGGGUGCGGCGUUGUAACGUCAUUGGUGGCGUGUAUUGAUGGACAACAAUUGAAUAUGCUCAUAAAUGAGUGAAGAAUGAAAGCAGCCACGGGGUGCGGCGGGCAGGGCUACUUUGUAACAUCAUUGAUGAUGUGUGAAUGGACAGCGAUUGAAUGUGCUAAUUAGUAAAUGAGAGGAAGAGUUUGAAACAAGCUCUUGGUUUGUGCAGUGAGCGACAGGUUCCGGUGUACCAUAUAUGUACUCGCGCGGUAGGAAGUAUGCACAGGUAGGUCAGCCAAACGAUGUAGCUGCUCUGCUUAGCCUGGCAAGUACUGGUAGGAAGAAGGAAAGAGCUCUCAAGAGAUUGUUGAGGUAGCCUCCUUGCUUGUGCGUCCUUGCUUGCUGGCGAGGCUGGCCAAAAGAACAAGCAAACCUCUGUGUCGCACGGUAUUAGCUAGCUAGAGAGCACGAAAAGACGAAGGAAGGAAGGCAAUCAAGCAAGUAAAGGUGAAGUUGAUCUCUCAGCCAUCCCCAAACGAACCGUCACAAGUUUGGCGGCAACAAGGAGACCCACACCACUACCAUUGCAUCUAUGGCAUAGGGGAGAUUUCCUCUCUCCGUCUGCACCACGACAGCAAUGGUGGUUUCGACAAGUACUGCAACACCUUUGAGAAGAAAUGCCUUGAGCUCAGUAGAAUGGGCCAUCCAUAGGACAAUGUAAUCAAGAAGGCAUGUUUCCUGGGGAAUUCAUGACAGAGGUUUUGAAGCAGCUAAGCUUGAUUGCCACAAGUGCACAUAUGAAGAGACGGUUGACUUCUUGAGAGUCACAGCAAGGACUCUUGGCCGUGUGAGUUCUAGGUCCAGUCACAGAAGGGCCAAUCAGAAGAAUCAAGCCAGGAGAAACAACGGAUCCAAUGGUUACUCAGACGAAGACAACGACAAACAAAGUGGAAGCUCUUUCCCUGACAAUGUGUGGCAAUGAUGUCAAAGGAGAAUAAUGAAUGGAUCAUCAAGCACAGGGAUCAAGAGAAGAAGAGCUAUGGCAUGCAGUACACGAAGAAUGAUUCUGAGGUGACAUACAAUGAGGAUAAGGACGAGGAAGAAGAUAGUCCUUCCAAGGCAAGACAGAACAACGUGAACGGCAAACCACCAUGCGAUGACGACAGUCUGCAGUCAAUCUACUGCGAUCUUUCAAGGAAGGUUUGGAAGAAGGACUAGAUUAGAUCAGGUUACACCCAUAACGUGGUCCAAAGAGAAUAGCAACUGGAUGGGUUUAACCUCCCAGGGGAGACGCCUGGGUACACGACACUACAUGUUUAGGAUACGAUCCAAUGGCAUUGUAUCAAGGGGAGUGAUAGAAUGAGGAUUCAAAUACCAUAUGGAUAUGCAAGGCGGAAGUUAACAAGAAGCAACAAGGUGGGAUUCCAUCGGUAUCUAUCUUUUUCCAUGGAAGUCUAUUGGCUACAACACCCACGGAAUUCUAUAUGUAUCUAUGAACAACAGCCUACAAGUAGCUGCCUCAUUCUGAAGGCUCAUAAUCUUAAUUUGGAAAUCAAUUCUACUAGCUAGGGCGUCACCACAACAUCGCAGCAGGUAUAUUGGAAUUGGGACCUUCCGCUGCCACAAUAACCGCUUGGGUCCAUGGUCCACUGCUUCAUGUAUUUGCCCGCAGGGCAUGUAAGCUUGUGACGAUCGAGGUAUAUGAUUUUGCGUCCGUGAAUGUCGUUGCAUCCCGUGUUGUAGGAUUGGCAGUUUUGUACCUUCUUCCCGGCGGGCAGGGUGGCGCAUUUGAAUUCAAUGUUGGCACCGAUUCCGGGGCACAAAUGGGAGCGGAAGUGCCAUUGCUGCAAGACCUGGUUAGAGUGGGGACACGCCACGUUGUGACGAUCCAAGUAUUCGAUGUUUCGCUCUUCCCCUUCCUGACAGGUAGUCCGGUGCGUAUCGACAGUGGCUCCGUCCGGGAUGGCUCUACAACCGUACUUGAUGUGGAAACGAUCGUUGUCGCCGCACCGCACCAGGUGCCAAUCGGCCAUGGCGUAGUUCGCUCCGCAAUCGAGCUUGUGCCGGUCCAUGUAUUCCAACGUUCCGUUAUCGUUGCAACCCGAGUCCUUCUUCUUGUAGGAGGCCGCGGCACCCCAAGAAGAUCCAGUUUCUUCUUCGCUUUCCUGUUGUGCUUUCUCGUCGGCCUCUUCCGCGGCCUCCGUUUUGAGGUAUUCUUGAGCAAUUUUGAUCAUUCGACGAAUGUCGUUCUCAUCGCGCCACCAUUUGUGGAAUCCAUUGGCCCACACUUGCGAUUGUCCCGCGACGGUGUGUGGAUCCGACAAUACCGUGCCGUUCUGGACCUCGACAAUGAGACGAGUUCCGUGUUGUUUGCCAGUGCCCUUGGCAAGUUCAGCUUUGGCUUUUCGAAUGUCGGUAUAUUUGCCGCCUCGUACUCUUCCGUAGGCCACCACCAGAUAAUAGGAACUGGGAGGCACGGUGCAGUACUGCCAAGCGAUCUCGAGAUUGGUGGUAUAACACCAUGGUCCACUAUCUCCGUCUGGAUUGCGACAAUAAUUCUUUUCCAAGCCCGACUGAGGAAAACUUUCGGGAUUGUGCGGAUGCUCAUGGGGUGAUUGGACCGACCAGCUCUGAUGAUGCACAAAUCAACCACAAAAGUCAUGCAUUAGAAGGAGCAAAGGAGAUAGAUAGAUAGAUAGAGAGCAAUGGAACAGUCGAUUGUGUUAUCCCCGGAGCUCCUCGGGAUCCGUGGUGUAACACCAGGGUCCGGUGUCACCGUUGGGGUUGCGACAAAAGUUCUCCUCCAAACCGGACUCGGGAUACUCCUCAGCAGAAUGAAAAUGCGCGUGGGGCGAUUGCUUGUCCCUGGGAGUGGCAGCAGGAACAAGAAUGAAACCAUAUGAGAAGUUAAGCAGCCAGUGAUUAGCCGUCCGCUGAUGUUGCGACGCCUUGUGUAUGCGCAACCUUAACCUAACCCACUCCAACAAAAGACACAAUCCAGAAGUAGCAAGGGACGUACCAUCGUUGGCAAUUCUUCCCAGUCUUGGUCUUGUGAACGGUCCCGCGGUAGGAAGCUCCAUCGUCGUUGCUGGCCAAGUCUCGAUCCUGAGCUUGACUCACACUCGACAGAAGAGGAUCGCCUUCCAGCUGACGUUGAUUCUCCAAGGCUUCAUUUGCUGUUGUUGCUUCCUCCUCUUUGGCGAUAGCGCCGGAUGUUACGACUGCUCCUCCUCCUCCAUGAUGCUCAUCACUGGCAUGACGAUGGGGAUCGCCCCUCAACAACGAGGAUCCCUCCGUUGUGGCGGCGGUUCCAACAUCCACGAGGACCAGGAGGGCGACAGCGGCCAGCACUACUAGUGUUGGGACAGCUGGGGCGAACGUCAUAAUGGUAGCUCUAGAGGUCAGUGCGUGUCGAAGGAAUUGUGAGCUCUUUACCACCACCAAGGGAUGCCAUGAUUCGAUCGACGCAGAAGUGGGAAGAUCCUUUUUGGAUAAGUUCAAGGAUGACCCAUCCUGGAUAUUAUGGAUAGUACCAUUGUUUAUCAGCCUGAGCUCUGUACCUCCAAGAAGGGAUGCCUCAUGAUUGCAAGGGAAGAUCGGGACCUGCACAGUUGCGAACUUACUUGUUGGCCUCUUUUCAAAGGCUGGAAGCUGGUUGGGCCAGUCAGUCAGUCGCAACUUGCCGGCCCGGAUAUUAUUAUGAACGGUUCUGUAUCAGCCUGCGUUCGUCGGUACGCUUGCUCUCACAUUCAUACGAAAAUAUAUGUUAUUGCCAUAACGGGACCAAAAGACAUAACGAGACAUCAGUGCCAGCGUCUUCGAGAUCACUCAGACAACACUCGGACACUCGGACAACCUUUGUCAAAUACCAGGUAUUAAUAAUUACUACCAUAGUGGUACUUUUUACAGUAGACACAUAGUCUACAGGUAUAAAUGUGCUUGCUUGAAUUGAUUUUUGCACCUCCACCUUCAGGAAUCGUCGAGGCUUUGGAGCUGUGUCAUUGUGUCAUUCUCACCACGAAUACUGAAAGAUUCCAGGGGAGGGAAUGGUUGUCCGCUUCCUUCAACCACACUUGGCGCUGGGUGGGUGUUUCACCAGGUUUCUUCCUCUCGUGCCGUUCCUUUGCCGCCUUGUAUUCAUUGCUCUCGACAUUGAAGAUGGCUUGACUCAUCAUGGCACGGCACACUCCACUUCUUCCAUACCAUUGCACAGGCUAAAUGAUGGCCAAAAGGAAAGCGAACCUCUACCGUCGUGCACGUACUAGUAUUAGCAAGAAACCAAAGUAAAAGCGAAGGAAGACAAUCAAUCAAGCAAGCAAAGGGUAAAGUUGAUCUCUCAUCAGCCAUCCCCAAACGAACCGUCUUUUCGAUCAAUUGGGAUCACAGGCAGGAUCACCGGUGUAAUGCACUGCUUCUUUUUCCUGUAUGUGAUAG